UCGCUCCUCCCUGCCGGACGACCUGUAGCCAAUUUUGUUGGCGUCGUCGGGUUAAUUUUGCGAAGACAAAAGCAAAAGAAAAACAAUAGAACAAAUAAUAUGCACAAUAUUAUUAUGUCGAACUAGCGCUGUUGUCUCCGUGGUGUGGUAGUGAUCGUUGGACGGUUCUCCUGUGACCGGCCCCCGGCACAGAUUUCCUUCCGGUGGGACACUCCUUACGAGCGGGGGCUCGCCCUUUCCUGAGGGCGAGGCAUCGGAUUUUCCUACUACACCACCUUCUCAGCAACGGAAACAGCAUCGUCACGAGAAUGGUGGUGCAUCGAGUAGCCUGGCUGUUGCUAUGCCAUCGGAGUCAGCCACAUCUGGUGCCGGUGCGAAAACUUUCGCUUAGCGCACCAAGGCUUCGCUGGUGGCCAACAACCGAGCACGCUUUACGUAAGGAUUACUUGCCGUCACCGCUUGGCAACCGAAGUUUUACCGUGUCACGGUCCGAUGAGCGCAGCCAAUCGAAGAAAGGCGAACCGGAAACCACACCAGCCGAGAAGCAGCAACAUACAACCCUUGAGAUUGAGACUAAGAAUGGAAAGCUAGUGGUGAAAACAACGGUAGCCGAUUCGAAGUUACAAGAGGUCGUGAUCGAGAAACCGAAAAACGAUGGAACCCUUACGGCAACUGCUGCUCCUUUGGGGCUCGCGGUUUCCUCGACCACAAUAGAUGUUGGAGCAGCAGCAGCAGUAGUAGCGAGCAGCAGUAACGAAACACCAAAGGUCCUGCUGACCGAGGCGGAUCUGAAGGAACAGCUGGCCGAAAAGAACCGACAGCUAGCGAAGAAGCGUAUCCGGGUGGACUUUUCGCGUUCCUCGCUGGAGCGCAACUUCAUCACACCCGUGCGGGCCAUGUCCGACUUUUUGCUGAAACCGUCCGAUCUCGAAACGUUGCCGAAAACGAAGCGAAGAUCACCGUACGAGCAGGAACCGGCCAUCACGGUCUACUGGCGCAAGGAUGUGGAAGCGAAGGCGAUCGACGUGUGGGGCACACGGGAGAACCUACUGAAGGAGUGUUUAAAGCGAGAGAUCGAGAAAAAAAUGCACCAACAAAAUAUAUUCACCGUAAAACGACGGUUGAGAGACUAUCGGCGUGAGAUUGGCAGCCGGACGAAUGUCGUCGAUUCCGAGCCCGGGCUGUUUGGGAAAUCGGGCAAAGUAGUCCUUACAGCUAUUGCAAUCAAUGCCACGAACUGUGUUUUCAAGUUCGGUGCCUGGUUGUACACCGGUUCGCACAGUAUGUUCGCCGAAACGAUUCACUCGCUAGCAGACACGAUCAAUCAGUUGAUACUGGCGUACGGUAUCCACAAAUCGACCCAGAUUGCCGAUUCCGACCAUCCGUACGGUUACGCAAACAUGAAGUACGUCUCGUCGUUGAUUUCGGGCGUCGGCAUCUUUUGCGUUGGCACCGGUCUGUCGUUCUACCACGGUAUUAUGGGUCUGGUCGAUCCGCAUCCGAUCGAUGACUUUUUCUGGGCGUUCUUCAUUCUCGGUGGUUCGCUGGUGUCCGAAGGCGCAACGCUGCUAGUAGCCAUCAACAGUUGCCGAAGCGGUGCAAAGGCGCUUGGCAUGAGCUUCCGGGACUAUGUGGUUCGCGGACAGGAUCCUUGUGUGAACGUUGUACUUACGGAGGAUGCCGCAGCCGUCCUCAGUGUAGCGCUGGCCGCAACCUGCAUGGGACUUUCCACCUACACGGGAUCGCCGAUUCCGGAUGCGGUCGGUUCGCUCCUGGUUGGGUGCAUGCUCGGUGGUGUCGCUUCCUUCAUCAUCUACACGAACGUGGCCGCACUGGUGGGACGCUCGAUACGGCAGGAGAAUCUCGACAAAAUUAAUGCCGAACUCGAGGCUGACAUCAUGAUUCGGGCUAUCCAUGACGUCAAGGGUAUCGAUAUGGGUAACUCCUUGGUUAGAUACAAGGCCGAAAUGGAUUUCGAUGGACGCGAGCUAACGCGCGUGUAUCUUGAUAAGCAGGAUUUAAACACGCUGCUAGAGGAAGUGCGCACCUUCCAGACGAUCGACGAGUUGGAAGCGUUCCUACUGAAGCACGGUGAAAAUAUCGUCGAUCUGAUGGGUGGUGAAAUCGAUCGGAUCGAGAUGAAACUGAGGAAAAAAUUCCCCGAGAUAAGACACUGUGAUCUGGAAAUACUGUAAGCUUGUCACAGGUGAUUGGCUUCGUGUUUUCUUACUUUCCUUUCUAUUUUAUGUUAUUGAACUGAUCCGUUUUUGGGGGGUGAACUACUGCGCCAACUUCGCUUAUACCGAACGGCGUGAGCUGGCUGAAAAGCACACGCUUUCGGAGGAAGGACAAAAAUAAAGUUGCGUUUUUCUUUUUUACCCAGACCCCAUUCGAUCCGAUAAAACCUGUCGGUCGUUCGUUUUAGACAAUAUCUGUGCUAGCUGGCCCCAAAAACCGCGGGCGCGGGCAUUGGGAUACAAACAGAGGAAUACCAAUAAACCAAAUACGAUGCAAGAUUCUAACGCGCUUGUAGUACUUAACAAAGGCAAGAUCACCAUAGUGAUCAUCGUGAUCGUACUGGAGCUUCCACGGACGUGUGGAAACCAUGGUCGAUCAUCGCUACCACACUAACAAAGUGCACACAGACUGGCCCGGGUUUGAUUAUACAAUCUGCAAACCAAAGGGGCCAAUGUCUGUAACGACGCACACGCCCUCCUAACUGCUUCACUAGGUUGAGGUUGAUCAAUGUUUAACUUGUAGUAAAGGCACUACGAUGAGCUUCUCAGAAGUAUUCAUAUACCUCCGUUGUUGUUUUCACAGUAUUCUAGCGAUAAU